AUGGAAAAGUUUUCGUCCUGGAGAGACAAGGGAACGGGGAUUUCACCCUUUAUGCCCGUCCCUUUACCACUUUCGCAAGAAAAAUCGGCCUUCAAAAGAACUUUAUUACUGGUAGUCAAGGUUCCUCUUUUCAUCAUCAAAUUACCAUUUUUUAUUCUUUUCACUUUAGCCUACUACAUAACUUCGUUGAAGCCAUUGGCCAAUUUCGUAUUUUUUGUAUUAUUUGGUUUCAAGAACAUCGAUUUUUCGGUCGAGGGAGUCAAAAAAUCAAACAUUGAUGUUAUCAACAAAAACAAACCCUCUCCAAAUGACAUCAUUGUAGCCAACUACUCGAGUCCUAUCGACGGGUUGAUCUAUGCCCUUGUUGCCAAUACUUACAACUGGCAUAAUGUAAAGUUCUUGGUCCCAAAUCAACUGGGUGAAUUGUUCGAGUACUCCCUUUGGUCCCUUGUAAAUCACAGCUUCGACAAUUCUGUCCUGGGCUCUAAGGUUGAAUCCUUGAGCAGCUACAAAAAUAAAGUAGUCUUCUUGUUAUUGGAAGGUACUACUUCAAACAACAAAGCUUUGCUUCCCUUUGUGCCAUUGAGUCCUAACUAUAAUUUUGACGGGUUUGCCGUAAAGACGUUGGUGCUGAAGAUCAGUCCUGGCUACUUGACAAUGCCAAUCCCAGUAUCUAAACUCGGGUAUCUCUUUGAACUCUUGACGAAUUUGAACAAAUUGACACUCAACUAUAUCAAGUUGAAGUGUUACAAGUUCGACAAAUUCGAAGUUGUCGAGCUCAGAAAGACCUUCGCCUUGAACUCGUUGAACUCUAUCGACAAGAAUUUAAACAUUGCUGAAAAGCAAAAGUUUGUUGCAUACUACAAGAACCACGACGUCAAGAAGACUGAUUAG